AUGUCGACAGCAACACCCGAGAGGAGACGCGCCCUCGCCCCGCUCGACGCGAACAAGCAGUCACCCACGCCCGCCCGACUAAAGCUCGGCAGCAACACCCCCAUCUCAAGAAGCCCGCCGCUCGAGGUCUAUGGUGGCGACGAGAACGCCGUUGUCAAGAAGACGUGUGUAGAGAUGGAGGUGGGCAAUUCCCAGAGGGCGACCAGCGAGGAUGCUAUGGCCGGUGAUCUCCUAGCGCGACUUAGGCUCGCCAACUACAAGGUCCGGACAGGCCAAGCCCAUGUUCCCUUUACACAACUCGAGGCGCGGUCGGCGGCCGUGCGCAAGCCCGCCCCCGUGCCUACCCUUCGAGUGCAGCAGCCCUCCUCCCCCAUGUCCGUUUGCCAAGCCGACGGCGCCGGAUCCGCUGAGCGCGCUCUGAACGCGACGAGACAACAAUCCGCCGGGCCAACAUCGCCAGCACCCGCUACUCGGGAAAAGGUCCAAUUCGGCAGCGCGGACAGCACAUCCACGACCGCGAAAACCACAGCCAAGGAAGAACUCACGCUUCCCCCUUUACUCUCCACAGCGUCUGGCCUCCUCACUCCACGUCGAGGGUCCCUCGGCAAUGAGGAAAAGCUCACAAGCAGCGUCCUCAGGGGCGGUGCCGUGAAUGGGCUCCUCCGCUUAGCUCACGGCGGCGAGUCCUAG